AUGGAUAUUCCAAAAUGCAACAUUCCUCUCAGUAGUACAACCCAAUCAAAAAGUAAAAUUGAUCCCCCAAAAGAACUCAAACCUAGUACCUUCUCGGAGGCCAAGAAGAUUUUCCAAGAGCUAGAAGCAAAAAAUUCGCCAAAGCGUUCCUUAAAAAAUUUUGAAACUAUGAGGUCGAGUGUUAACGUUCCAUAUUCAGAAAAGUCUGAAGUGUCUCCUGCGUCCAUUCCAGUAAUAAAGAAGAAUUAUCACCAGAAGAAAUUAAUAAAGAGAUAUAGUAAACAAAUUAUUUUUCAUUGUAUGUGUGAAGCUUAUUGA